AUGUCGCUAAAGAAAUCCUUAGCAGAGCGUCUCUUCAAAUUCUCCAAAAUUCCCAAUCAAUACUUGAGCAAUUGCCGCAUUUCGUCUUCGCUCCAAACCCGAAUCCACCAACAUCCGGGUCAAUCCAACAUCAGACCCGACCGCCCUGGAGAAUCCGGAAUUUUCCGACGAUUAUUCCACAAACCGGCCAUUUUCUCGCCUGAGCUACGGCAACUGCCGAUCGGGGAGGGCUUGAUUGAUAGAAUCCGGGGGUUUGACAUUGUCAAGGAUAGGAUACGGUUGGAUGGGUUGAGCCCGCCUCCGAUGGUGAAUGAGGAGGUGGCGGCUGAGGAGGGGUUGACUGCGGUGGAUGCGAGGAAGUUGUUGAAGGUAGCUCAGUUGGAGGGGUGA